AUGUUAAGAAGACCAGCAACAACAAUUAAACUAUCACCAGAAGAUAUUUUAGAAUAUGAUGAAUCAUUAAAGCAAAAACUAGAAUUACAACAGCAACAACAACAAUCAAUCAAUGAAUUGAGUCAAUACAGUCCUCAAACACUGAUUUUACAAGAACAAAUUGGUGGAUCAAGUGAUAUGAUGCAAGGUUACAAACAAUCAAGUUCGAUUAAUCAACAAGCUGGAAAUCAAUCUAGAGAUGAUAGAAUAGGUGUUCGUAAGAAUUGA